GCACAGAAUUUCACCAGCGGCACCGCCUUGCAUGGACUCUAAAAGCCCUUUCAUCUCACUAAUUUCUAAAUCCUUGUCUCUCUCACCCUCCCUUCCCCAUGCAAAUUCACCGACAACUUUCUUUCUUUCCCUAGUCGUCAUCAUCAUCUCCCAUGGCUCCCAAAAUCUUUCAUCUCUACCGAGUUCUCAAUCCUCACUCUUUUCUCCCUCGAUUCCUCAAUUCUCGGCCUUUAUUACAUCUCUUGUUCAUCCACCCAAAGCACUUUCACAGACAAGUGUGACCCACACUGGCAAGUGAACACCAAAAUUGGAGAAAAGAGAGCCAAAUCUAUCGAUCGGCGACGGAGGUGCUAUUCACGGAUGCCAACGAGAGAAGAAGCUUCCUGGGAACUCCCAGGUUUUGGGGAGGUAGAAAAUGAGGUUCUGGAGUCUAAGAAAGAGGGGUUUCUUUUGAGACAACAACGGUUGAAUAAGAGAAGGAUCGUUGAGUUUCCAGAGGGAUCGUUGGAGUAGGUACAUUUUCUAGGUUUAUCUCUCUUAGGUAAUUUCUAAAACAGAGGGUUUUUUUUUUUACAUACUACAGGGAACUCUUAGUAAAUUACAAGUUGCCUCUCUUUCUCUCCCUUGGUUUCUAUCUCCAUUCUCUCCUACUCUUUCUUUGGCCCUACCUAGAGCCUUUAUCUCUCUUAGUGCUUAGGGAGGCAUGAUGAAUUAUAAUUUUCUUCCCAUGUGUUGUUUUCUACUUGUAAAUCCCAACACAUUGGAAAUAAGUAUGUUAUGAACAC